AGCUGUUGAUCGCUGUUUAUCACUGCUGAGUUUAAUCCCAUAACUAGUUACUGCCGUACGCGCGAGAGGAUAAUAUAAGACCAUUACAUCACUAAACUAACUGCGCAUUCUCGUGAAGCCGCUCUGUUUGUCCAAAGACGCUGUAAUAACAUAGUUAAUACGGGUUUUAAGGCUUUUGCUCAAAAGGUGAAAAUGCAUGGUCUCGGGUGCGCCAUGAUGCCUUUGUUUCAUCUCGCGACCUCCAAUUUCAUCGCCGCGUCGCCUGUGCACGGGCUGCUGUCACUUCGCGCGCUACCGCGGGCGUUUAGAGGCGCCUGGUCCAGGAUCCACGCUGCGUGGAUCGUGUUCUGUUUAGUAAAGGCGAUCGCGAAGCCGCCGGUGCAGGGUACCGAGCAUGUGAGUGUGUUUCGGCUCCGGAAGGCUAGAAGCAACAGUCCAGUAUCGGUUGGUUACCAGCAAACACAUUUAUGUUUGGCCUAAUAUCGAGGCAAUACACUGAGUAGAAGAACCAUGUAAAUAGAGGAGUGGGUUAAAACUCUAAUUUACAAUAACUACAGGCGUAAUUGAAAUGAUAAACGAGUCUUCCUGCUCCCUGCUGUAGGCAGGAUGUGUGAAAUGGAAACUUGAAACUGUUGAAACAGCCCAUCACAGGGUCCGAUACGCGCGGGCCUUUCCAGGUGACACCGGACACCGCGGUGUCGCUAAGCGACAGACAUAAUGCGCAAGGUUCAUGUAAUACUUAGUGAUGUCUGGACUGGUUUUUAGGCAAACCGUGCAGUAAAACUGGGAUGUUGUUAGCAGUAUCUUCCCCUUCUGCUGCCUGUAGUUUUAUCUUCCUUCAACAGGCCUGUAUGCCCUGAGCAACACAGGAGGUGCGUGCAAGUGUGCUGGUUUUGUUUUGACACGGUAUCGCUGGUGACAGGUGGAAGCCAGCCGUGAGCGGAGUGGACCGUCUGUGUGGGGUAGGACUCUGUGUUUCCCCUCUCUAAGCCUGCACGGCCAGCACCCACCAGACUGGCUGUCCCCGAUAAAGAUACGGGCCAAAUAUAGAGUUCCCUACAGCGAUUGACUAGAAGUCACCCUGUACGCUUCAUUUUCUAUUUGCUGAAAGAUCGAGGGCUGGAAGAUGAAACUGACCCCACACGCGCAAGUGUCCUCAUUCUCUGUUUGUUUUGCAAAAAGGCAAACCAAACAUGUUGUCUACUUCGGCGGUGUAGCCUGCGGCUGUAGGGUGUUUAUCGCCAGGACUUGUGCAUGGGGGCUGUCUGUACCUUUUGUACUUCCGCGCUGAGGCAUGUGACGACGCGUCUGCGACACAGGCAAGCUUCGCUUUUGUCUGUUCGAAUGAAACGCGCACAAGACAAAAAAAAAUAUUACCGUAAUCCAGCGAUCACCAAGACUACCACAAUCUGAAUGAUCUACUAAUACUGUUGCUGUCACGGUUACCUUUAAUGCCCUGUGUUGUACUGGAGGAUGUGACUGGAUGGAUGAAUGUGAUGGGUGUGUGGUAGAGUGUAAGGUCAGCGCACCAGAGGCCCUGUGGUGGGAGACACUGGCAACUCUCUCAUUUCCUGUUAUUGUGUUUCAACUGACAAUGCAAGAAAAGUACGAGGACAUGAGAGGGUUGAAAGAAAAGGGGGUUGCGGUUUUCCUGAUGCUCUUUACAGCUGUGUGAUCGCAAGAUGUGACGGUAGGACCCAGCAGUGGUUGGGUUUUAUUGGAGAGCGAGAGACAGAGAGCAAGUUGAAGGCAAGCGGGACAUCUGUUCAUCACUCUCUCCUCCCCUUCUUGCUCCGCCUCCAUCUCUCCUUUUUUUAAACGGUCCUUUCGCUUGCUUUCCUUUUGCUAUCUGUUCUUCCUCGCCCUCCUUGUCCAAUCAAAACCAAAUGAAAUCAGAUCCGUCUGUGUGCCUGAGCUGUGUCACUGUAGUGAUGCUGGAACAAGACAUGUCUGAGGGGCUAAAUGUCCUCGUCCUUCCUGAAACGUGUCGUAGACGUAAGCUGGGACCUUCACGCCUCUCUUUCCUUAUGCAAAUUUUGCAGCUGCAUUUUUUGCAUGUGCUACACGCCUGGGACAGAAGAGCGUGGGCGCGCUGGCGAGUGAAGGCUUCUGGAUCCAGAAAAUGGAGACAUCCCACCUUCAGAUCUGACAGGUAAUGAACUGGAGAAUGACGUCAGCAGUCCAGACAGUACAGAAUCAUCAUCGGAUGAGACCUCAGACGAGGGAGAGCGGACAGAUCCAGGUAAUGUUCUGGAUGCUGUGAGUGUUUCCUCUACCUUGUUUACAUAUUCGACUUGUUACUGGUACGCGUGGUUCUCUUAUCUGUCUUAUCGGGAUGGUUUUGUAUGGUUAGAGGGGAGUGUAAUAUCCACUGUGCUCUGCUCUCAUUGGUCUACACGGUUUGAGAUUUAGAGUGUUUUAGUGACAAGCAGGUGGAAGGAUUUGUAAUGGAUCAGUUUUGAGUUGAUUUCAUAGUGCAACUUGUACUGUGAUGGAAAACCACAAGCUGGUUUUGAUAUAACAAGUGAGGCACCACUGGGAUUCGAACCCAGGAUCUCCUGUUUACUAGACAGGCGCUUUAACCAUCUAAGCCACAGUGCCACACAUGUAGUGAUAGCUACAUCCUUACAUGUGAUAGCAGGUAAUAAUGAUGUUCCUCUUCACAAAUUUGCCUCUGUUUUCCUUUACACAGGGGACAAGCGUCUCCAGUUUGGCCUCGAUGUAGAGCAAAGAGACAGAGUUCUUGUCCUGGACUACAGUUAAAGCAGGUUCUUGUCCUAGACUACAGUUAAAGCAGGUUCUUGUCCUGGACUACAGAUAAAGCAGGUUCUUGUCCUGGACUACAGUUAAAGCAGGUUCUUGUCCUGGACUACAGUUAAAGCUGGUUCGUGUCCUGGACUACAGUUAAAGCAGGUUAUUGUCCUGGAAUACAGUUAAAGCAGGUUCUUGUCCUGGACUAGGGUUCAGGCCGGUUUGAUUUAGCAUCUAAACGUUUUGCACUGGGUGCCAUUUACAGUGUUUAUCACAGAUAUAUCAAAGAAAUUGGAAAUCUAAGUGAAGUCCAGUGGAAAAUCUGAGUGGAAAAGUGGCUUCCAGUGGAAAUAUUUUUUUGAAGUGAACUGUGGAAGACCCUGGAGUCUUCAGUGCAGCGUGGAGACACUUGAGAGAAUGUCUGGACUCUGUCAUAUUUCUGUGUUUUUUUUCUCUCUUACAGAAAAUGGGAAGUCAUGUUCUGAAAGACUUAGUCUGGAUACAGAGGCAAGCACUGGAGACCACAUGAAGCAACACUGUGAGAAGUGUGAAGUCCUUCAGAGACCCAGCUAUGAAGUGGUUACACCUAGAAAGAUCUCCAGGGACCGAAUGCUGUUGUUCCUGGAGGACGAGGGUGUGUACGAGUGUGCCCAGACCGGGCUGGUCUUCGAGGUCACUCGCAAAGCGCAGAUCCGCUACCGUGUUCUGUCCUGGUGCAGGUUUGGCGGGUACCUGAGCGAGUCGUGGACGUUCGCAGGGCCCAUCUUCGACGUGGACUGUGACCCAUCCAUCCUCAAGUCCAUACAGUUCCCCCACUCACUCUGCCUGGCAGAUCAGGACAGUGAGAUGAAGUUCAGCGUGCUUCACGUGAAGGACCAGCGGGGCCUGAUCGAGCCUUCGGUGGACCAUUCCCGCAGUCACAUCAAGUGGAGUGUGUCCUCGCUGUCCCCUGUGGGGCCCAUCGUCCAGGCAACCAAGCCAGCAGAGCACCACGGCGUUGUGCUCGUCUACAAGGAGGUCGGGCAGCAGGACUCAUACUCGUUCCGGGUCUACUUCGCCACCAACAACCAUUCGGACAUCAAGGACAUACAGAAGGAGUUGAGGAACUCCAAGAAGCGUUACAUGAAAAUGGAGAAGCCACCCACAUGCCAGAGGCUCUUGGGAGAGAACAGGAAGUACCGCCUGCUCAGUGAACCUCAGGGUGACAUCACCCCGGAGGACAUCCAGUUCACUCUGGCGGUGGUAAAGAUGAAGGGUUAUUUCGAGGUGUUCUUCGAGCAGUGCCCCCCGUUUAAACUCUCCCUGAUUGAGGCCGACUCUGAGCAGACCGUGUGGGCCGCAACCAUCCGAGCAGGAGACUGUACUGUCCAUGCUGUUGAUAAAACCCAGAAGAGAUCAGAGAGUCGGAAGCGGAGCAACAGCACAUCAGAGGAGGAACUAACCAAUAAGAGAGCUCGUUGCAAUGAUGAGUCAGAUGGCGCACGCGCGCCCAGAUCGGCCGACCUCAGCGACAAACAGCUCAUGCAGGUGGCCAAGGUCCUGGGCAAAGAGUGGAAGUCCAUGGCCAUCUGCUAUCUAGACCUGACCAACCAGGACCUGGAGGAGAUCGAGGCCAGUGAGGAAGACCUUCACAUGCGCAAGUUCCGCACGCUGGACCGCUGGAGGCGGCGCCAGGCCAAAGGCGAUGCCGGAGUCGAGCAACUCCACAACAAGCUGGACCACGAAGACGUGCCCAACGAGGUCGUGGAUGUACUCAAAGGUAUGCGCGAAUUAUCGUAAAUGAGCACGCUGCUGCACUCUUGAGUGGAUGUGAAACUGCAUGGUGGGGAGUGGAGCAUCCUAGAGGCACAAGCCUGAGGUGCUCACUGAGAGCCCACAAAAACACCAGGGGCCCCCCCUGGUUCAGACGGGUCCCUCUGUCAAUCUGAGUUCUGUCCAGCAAGCACAGGGGCCCUCCCUAGUUCAGAUGGCUCGCUCCAUUAGUCUGACUGCGAGUCCAGACUAACAACCACAAAAAAACCAAACAUUUUUUUAUUCAAUUCAGCCUGUGCACAGGGUCUGUCGAAUUGUUUUUUUGGAUAACAGAACCAACAUCCUGCCAGUUGCUUUCACCUUCGGGUGAACCGUACUGUGAAGAAGAACAGCUCUCCAUGGUGCUAAGGACGUUCUGGAGAUCUUUGCUCUGUAGUUACUUGGGUGGAUCACUUCUCUGGAUUUGAAUCUUCCUUCGAAGCAGGCUGUUUCCUAAGUGCGCUUAUGUGAAUACUGCCAGCACCGGGAAACCUGCCAUGUUCACCAGUUUGACUUGAGUUUUCAUUCCAUCCAACAGGAAGACUGAACAUGAGGGAGACCUGAUCUCAAGGUGGCAUGUGAUCCUUUUUUUCAGUUGUUUCGAUACCUGUGGGGAAAAUGCCACCUUUUAGAAAAGCUACUGUGUGUUUGUAUGUUUUUUAAAGGUGUAAAGGGAGUCUUCUGAUAGGCUGAGAGUACGUACUGCAGUGCAGUCUGAAGACCGAUGGCCUAAGCUGUAUUCAUCUGGGUGGAAAUAGCAGGCCUAUAUAUUUAUUUACCUGUUGACAUUCCAAGCAAACAAAAGCUAAUUAAAAAUGCCUUUAUUGGGGUAUUUAAGAAAUCAGGAAAGCAGACGGUAAAAUGGGAGAUGUCCACCUUCUUAUGCGUUAUCUUUGUUUUUUCAGGUGAAAGUUUCAGAUAAUAUUUUUAGUGCUAAAUUACACACUAGUUAUAGAGGAACAUUUCACUGAGUUGAUUUGUAGCAAAUAAACUGACAUUCUGUGAAAACUAGAAUUCUGGUCCCAACUGAGAGAUGAAAUCAUGGAAUUAUUUUUAAAAAAUACUCUAAUAAGCAUGUCAGUCACAGUUGGAUCCCUCAGGUAUCGCUUUGUAUUUGAAGCCUUUUUCUACGAUGUUGUAAAUGUGGCUGAAUAAACGCAUGACUGAAAACA